AUGAGGCAUCCAAACCUUGUCACUCUGAUAGGAGUGUGCAGGGAGGCCAAAGCGUUGGUCUUCGAAUUCCUGUCGAAUGGAAGCCUAGAGGACUGUCUGCAGUGCGAGAACCAAAGAGAGCCGCUCUCAUGGCGAAUGCGCAUCAGAAUAGCUGCCGACAUCUGCACGGGACUUAUCUUCCUCCACUCUAACAAACCAAAAGGCAUUGCCCAUGGCGAUCUGAAGCCUGACAAUGUCCUUCUUGACAAUAGCUUUGUUUGUAAACUGGCAGACUUUGGAAUCUCUCGUCCCUUGGAUCUGACAAACACCACUGUCACCCCUUACCACCGAACAAACCAAAUCAAAGGCACAAUGGGAUACAUGGAUCCAGGAUACAUUGCCUCAGGGGAGAUCACAGCUCAGUAUGACGUCUACUCCUUUGGUGUGGUUCUGAUGCGGUUGCUGACUGGCAAGAGCCCCCUAGGCCUUCCAAAUGAGGUGGAGGCAGCCUUGAGCAAUGACAUGUUGCAAGAUAUAAUUGACACUUCUGCAGGGGAAUGGCCACCUGAGUACACUGAAGAGUUGGCAAGAUUAGCACUCAGAUGUUGCCGGUAUGAACGAAAGGAGCGGCCUAAUCUUGCAAAUGAGGCCUGGGGUAUCCUGCAAGCAAUGAUGAACUGCCCAGACGAUAAAUGCAAGCCACCAACAUUUUUCAUCUGUCCAAUGACACAGGAGAUCAUGAGGGAUCCACACAUUGCUGCUGAUGGAUUCACAUAUGAAGGUGAGGCUAUCAAGGACUGGCUUCAAAGGGGGCAUAAAAUGUCCCCCAUGACCUACCUCGGCUUCACACACCAUGAGUUAAUACCAAACACUGCCCUUCGUUUUGCAAUUCAAGAAUGGCAAAUGCAACAGCAACCGUGA